AGACAUGCAACACAAGUGACAUCCACACAACACACUAGCCUGAAUCACAUAAGCAAACACAAUGAAGUUUUCCAUGGCAGUUCCCCUAUGUCUCUCCCUCCUCUUGGCUCUCAACACACAUCCACUCCUAGCAGCAGAGCCAGAGGCAGUGGUUGACAAGCAAGGUGAGCCUUUAAGGCCAGGAGUGGGGUACUACGUUUUCCCCCUUUGGGCCGACGAAGGGGGCCUCUCACUGGGCCCAACUAGGAACAAGACAUGCCCUCUUGACGUCAUCCGUGACCCUUCAUUCAUAGGCCUACCUCUCACAUUCUCUGCACCGGGCUUUGACUACAUUCCAACUCUCACUGACCUCAAAGUUGACUUCCCUGUGAGCACAAUCUGCGUCCAGUCAAACGUGUGGAGGCUGAGGAAGGAAGGUGCAGGGUUCUGGUUUGUGAGCGCUGAUGGGAACCCCAAUGACAUCACUAGCAAGUUCAAGAUUGAGAGGCUUGAAGGGGAGCAUGCCUAUGAGAUCUACAGCUUCAAGUUCUGCCCCAGUGUGCCUGGAACACUCUGUGCUCCUGUGGGCACUUUUGUGGAUACUGAUGGAACAAAAGUUAUGGCUGUGGGAGAUAACAUUGAGCCUUACUAUGUCAGGUUCCAGAAGGCCUCCGUGAAUCAUGAGAAGAAUCAGGCUUUUAGCAUUGUCUAGUUUGGUUGGUACUUGGUACCUUUUGUGGAUUAUCAGGUGGUUCUGUUAUGCAUGAUUUUUAACUAGUCUCUCUGCAUGACAUGUAAUAAGAGUGUUUUUUUAAAUUUUUUCUCUGAUAAAAAAAAUUUAAAUUGCAUGUCAUGUCAUGUAGUAAUUUGAUAGGAUCAUGAAUUACCUGAUAAUUUCUAGUCAUAGUAAGAGGGGUUAUGACUUGGAAUAAUAGGCCACAAGAGUGCAAGGCAAUGCAGCUCUUUUUUGCUGUGGCUGUGUGAAGGAAUUGCAAGGAGUUUAGUUUUCUAGGUUCGCAUGUCUCACAACAGAAACAGUCGUUGUCCUUGUCUCUGUUUUAAGAUUUGCAAACAAUAAUAUCUUUCUCUCUCUGUUUUAACAAGGGAAAUGAAAUUUAGUUAUUUUGCUUGUA